GUGUUUCUCAUCAUAGUAUUUUCGGAGCAAUAAUUCUGACAAGUGCUUGUAGGGAAAUUAGAUUUCCUUUUAGAUAUCAGAAAUUUCACAUGAAUGUUAGCGACCACAGAGUGAACAUUCAGAUCGUGUGAAACGAGAAAAGCAUGGAUCACUUAAUAAGAAACUUUCUGAUGGUAAUCUUGUUUGCAUGUUAUGUUUCAGCUGAUGACCUUAAAUGUGAUUUUGACAAAUCAAGCUGUUCCUUUCUAAGCAAUGAUCCUGAAAACUUCGAGAAUUGGAAAUUCGGAAGAGGACAACUAAACUCCGCUGGUGAAGGACCAUCAGUGGACCACACAAUUGGGACAGAUCAAGGUAACUAUUUGUAUGUGAACGGAAGCGCAUCCAAAGCGAAAGGUGUCCGAUUACAAACAAAAAUUUUGGGCGUUUCCGUCUACUGCGUUAGCUUCUUCUACAACAUGUAUAGCGCAGGCAACGGAAGGCUGACUGUGUACACUCACAGUCUUUCCCAAGAUUACGAUGAAGUCUAUUUCAUUCGCAGUAAGACACAAGGUAAUCGCUGGGAGAAAGCAGAAUUCACACUUUCAACAGAUUUUUACAAAAAGACCAUAUUAAUUUUCGAAGCAAAAUAUGAAUUUUCAUCUGAAGUCGGAGGAAUCAUAGCUCUGGACGAUAUACAUUUGGCCUACCAUAAAUGCUCAAAUGGGCAUCAGUCGGUUUGCACUUUUGAUGAAUCAAGCUGUGGCUACAAUGCUUUGUAUACAGGACCUUUAGCGUGGAAGAGGAAAGAUCAAGAGAAGACUGGAUUUUUAUUGAGCAUUUUACCACGUGUUGAUCAUACCUUAGGAACAUCAAGUGGAGGUUAUUGGUUUGUUGGCGUUCGUGGAUCAGACGUAAGCUCCUUAGACACAGCAGUGCUUGAAAGUAAAACAUACACCAUAAGAAACAGAGAGCCUUUAAGUUGCCUAAAGUUCUACUUUUACAUGGAUGCAGACGGAACGGCUUGGUUUGAACGAAAGGUGGAUGAAGCUUAUCUCCAGGUCCACAUUGCAGAUCAUCUCUCAAGAACAUUGUUGGUGACAAAGGCAAAGAAUACUACGAGGCAUAGAAUAUGGAGCUAUGUGGAAGUCGAAGUGGAAAACAGGGAAAGUUUCAAGAUUACAUUUACUGCCGGUCUAAAAAGCAGUGUUGAAGCGCUUAUUGCAAUAGAUGACGUCAGAUUUGAUGUGGGAACUUGCCCUGAAACAGGGUCUUGUGAUUUUGAAGAAGACAAAUGCGCUUGGGUCGAUGGCGAGGGCGAUUACACCUGGGUGAGGAAAAGCGGAAAGUCAUUGCUAGAGGAUGAGAUCGGUCCAAGUAGUGAUAAAACGCUGGGAACAAGAGAUGGAUACUACGUCGUCAUUAGUACUGAAAAGGAACAGCCUGUCAAAUUGGCGAAUUUGGAAAGUGAACUCUUCCGCGCUACGAAUAAUUCCCUAUGUCUCAAUUUUUAUUACUACUCGUAUGGAUGGGAUGUCGGGACGUUGUUGGUGGUCAGAAAAGACGAAAAUGGGACAGAAUCAAUAGUUUGGAGACUGCAAGAUUCGACAACAGAAUAUCGAUGGAUGAAGGGUACUGUAUCCCUAAAUCCAAGAUCCUCAGAAACUCGAUUUCAGGCUGUUUUCCGAGCUAUCCUUGGAUCUCCUGGGUUUUUCGCAAUUGAUGACAUUCGAGUUCGAGCUGGAGAGACACAUUGCCAUACUUCACCUUCCAGGGCAGAUCCAGCAUUUACAGCUUGGGUCAAUGAUAGGGUGUUUCCAAACGGCGGAGAAAGAAAGUCUGAAGAAGAUUAUUGAAAAGGUAUUUGAAAAGAAUGUUGAUAAAAUUCUGCAAUUUGCAAAAGAAAUGGACUAAAGGAAUUACCAAGACAACAGAGGUUUUAGAGAAAAAGUUCUUCAGGCAGAAGAAUAAAAAUAUCGGUUACUGAAACAAUAUUUUGCCUAUGGAUAAAUAAAAGUUCGGAUAAAUAAAAGUUUUGGAAGCUCAGAUGGUAAAAAUCGAGUUCUUCACUUUUAUUUCAUCUGUUUUGAUAACGCUUACAUUCAUAAUUGUCUAAAUCUAAUUAGAUAAAAAUAUAUCUGUAAAAUAAAAUUAAUUAAUUUGCAAAUAAAUUAAUUAAUUAUUUUGCAUUA